AUGACACCAAACCUAUCCUUAGUUUUAAAUAAGAUCAACGAUAUCACGUUUGAAUCAUAUGAUGCCCCAGAAAUCACCCAGCCUACUGAUGUCAUAGUCGAGGUUAAAAAGACUGGUAUCUGCGGUUCAGAUAUUCACUACUACACAUAUGGAGCAAUUGAAAACUUUGGUUUGAGAUCGCCGUUUUAG